UCACUGUUCAGCACAUGGUUUCAGACAGAGGUAUUAUUUUCUUCCUGAGGUAUGGAAGAGAGGAAGCGUGUCUGAGGUGCCUGACGUUACACGUCUCCUCCAAAUAUUUUGCUCUGAUUGACGAACGAGGUCUACGGGGGUUUUAUACGUUUGAGGUUUACGCAGGCUGUCAACCGUGCAGGUGGUCUGGUGCGGGAACACGGGGAUCCUCAGAAGGAUGGGCAUUCUUCAGCUCUGAAAACACGUUGGGGGGACUGGCUUGGGAUACUUACCGCGGUCAAGAAGGUACUGUGGAGAGGUGAGGGGUCUACAGUCCAAGCUGCUGUAUACUUUUACCUGACCACUGAAGUUGUUUAGAGGCAACACCAUGAAAGAGAUCCAUUGUGGAUAUGAAAAUCAGCUGUUCAAAGAAGAUCUGACAGGAGAAGAAGAGGAGAUGCCUUCAUUUAGAGGAAGGACCCGAGGUGGCUGCAUCAAGUGCCAGCAGAAGCAUUCCCUCAGUGUGACUGUCAAGGCGCUAUACGCAUUUUUCACUUUCCUCGCUGUCGCAGUCACCGUGCUGGCGUCACUGGUCAUGCAGAAGAUUGACUACUUAUCCAAGGAAGAAAACCUUUAUAACAAGAAAAUUGUGAAUGUACAAGAAAGUUUACAAGAUCUCAGCACUGCCAGCAAUGUUUCGGAUCUCUUUGACGGCACCCGUUUUGGGGAAGAGAUCAGCAAGCUGAAGAGGCAACUGGAGGACAUUCAAAAACUGAUUCUAGGUCAGGAGCAAGCGCUAAACCAGGCUAAAGAGAUUCAGCAAACUCUUUUGCUGUCUAACAACAGGAUGACACGUGACAUGCAGAAUUACUCCAUGGGCAUGAGGCUCGUGAACCAGUCACUGGAGAGCUACUUAGGUCUGGUAAAUGGCUGGCAGGUAGUCAUUACUGAAACCGAUGAAGCUAUGAAGUCUUUCAUUGAAGACCAAUAUGAUCUUAAAGCAACAGUUCAACAAGUCAACACCACAGCACUGCUUAGCAAACAGUGGAUUGAAACCCUUAAGAGAAAGGCAGAUGAGGAGACCCUGGUUUUGCAAAAACUGACAACAGAAUGGCAGAACUACAGCAAGGUUCUGGGAGCUAUCAAGUCCAACUCCAGUACUACAAGCCAGUCAAUAAGAAGCAUCCAGAAUGGAAUUUCUGCCACACACCAGAGGAUCAGCAUGAGCUCAGAAAUGGUCCAUGACCUCACUCUGCAGGUGAUGAACCUGCAGAUGCAAAUGGACAACGUGACGUCAUUCAUGGACGAACAUGAGGAGAAUAUGCAUGACCUUCACUAUCACACCAGGUAUUACGAAAACCGAACCAGAGAAAGGUUUGGGACUCUGGAAACCAGAAUGAACUCAAUCGAAAUGGAAAUUGAUACAAUAUCAUCUAGCAUCAAUGCUACAGUCAACCAUGUACAAAGCAUGUACAAGUAUAUCAACAUUGAAAGCACUUCUUGCCAGUCCAGACUCAGUAGCUACACAGAAGACCUACACAAUCUGAACAACACAGCCUUGCUUCUCAUGCACGUUGCUGAUACACUGAGGCAACAGUAUAUGUAUCUCAGUAUACGUAUGGAUGUGGAUGUGAGGAACCUUUCCAUGCUGAUGGAAGAAAUGAAGCUUGUUGAUGUCAAGCAUGAUCAGUUCAUCAAGAACUUCACCAUUUUGAAAGGGGCGCCUGGACCUCCAGGUCCGAAGGGUAACAAAGGAGAUGUUGGAACCAGAGGGCCUGUGGGGAUCACUGGCCCUAAAGGGGACAAAGGGCUGUUGGGGACUCGUGGGGCCCAAGGUGAGAAUGGGUUAAUGGGCCCCAAGGGAGCUGCUGGAGAGCCUGGGCCUUCUGGAGUCAAAGGCAGCUUGGGCAUCAAGGGCGCCAAAGGAUCCCUGGGGUACCCAGGGGUCAAAGGUGAAAAAGGAGAAAAGGGGGACGCGGGACCUCUUGGGAAGGAUGGGCCAUUAGGCCCUAAAGGAUCCACUGGAAUAAAGGGGCAGAAAGGCCCUGCAGGUUUCCACGGCCUCACUGGCCCCAAGGGGGAUCUGGGUCCACCUGGUCCACAUGGUCUUCCUGGUCUACCUGGUGUACCUGGUCCACCUGGUGGACCUCAUCAACCGUUUGGACACAAAAAAAGCACAGGGUGAGGAGGAACAGAUCAUCUGGCAUCUCUCUCUCCUUUCCCAAAGUAAUCCUAGUGUUCAGGUGCCUAAAUGGGACCGUAGACAGUGCAGGCUGUCCUCGCGCUUAGCAUAAAAGGGAUAUAAAAGACAACCUUGAAUGAUGCUUCAAACACGCGGCAAUGUUAAACGAGGCAAUCACAUCUGACCAAUGGCAGAAUGAAGCAUAUUUUUGUGGAAAUUACCAUGUAAGAAUUCAGCAACCGUACAUAAAUGACAGCUGUCAUAAACUGGGUAUAAAGCACAAGACAGUAAAAUGUUUUAGCAGUGUGACAGUGACAUAACAAUAUAUGUCAACAUAACGCCUUCAUUGAAAACUUAUAGUGUGGAAUACAUUCUGCAGUAAUUGUUAUAAAUAUGUUUGACUGAAUAUGUCAUUUUGUAUAUAAGAUGGGCAUUGUUAUGCGUUAUGUAUUGACAUUUACCAAGAAAGCAACACUGAAAUGUUAAAACAGCUUGUUUAUUUUUAUAUGUUUUCCAUCUUUCUAUCACUUUUUUAACAUUUUACGAUGCUCUUUGUGUAAUUAAAAUUAUGAUUAGACAUCGUGCUGGUGACCUUAUGAUUACAAUGUGUUUACACUAAAAUAGGGGUUACAUUAGCCAGUGUAUGUACAUCGCCUAUUAUGACAUAUGUCAUUAAGCAUAUCACAGAAAGGCUAUUCACACUUCCUCCUCUAUAACCCACUUUAUAUUACAAAUAACAGCUGCUUAAACGGCAGACAUCCAGAGUUAUUUUUUUGUCAUCAGACAGGAUCUUCAGAAAGAUUAGUUAUUCCUGAUGUGAGACUAUUACUUUGUUAUGUAGUCACAUGAAGCUUUUCCCUAUUACUCACCCUGAGGGUACCAUCGCUUCAGCUAAGCGUGUGUAAGUGCAAUGACUAAGACACAUGGCUUCAGUUCGCAGUAUUAAUGAAUAACAGGUAACCAAAGUGAACCUGUUACCACCAUUAACUGUGUGAAUAAAGGGAGAACUGUAACAGGUGUAAAUUGUGGAGAGUGAUUAGGAAUGAAUUUUUGUAAGUCAUGGUAAAUGAUCAUGAGGGCAGCCAGUAUGGUUUGUAAAAGCACCUCUGUGAAAGCUAUUUGACAAUUUGGGUUUACAUUAUAUCACAAUGCACUAUUCUUAAAUAAAGGAACAAUGACAUAUUCAUA